UUUACUGGAUUUCUGCCUGCAACCAACGUGCAGAGUUCCACUUCCGUCUUCCUCUUUUCGGUUUCCAGUUCUCUUCCCUUCUCAGUUUUCACUCCCCUGGGUUGAGUUGUGUACUCAGAAUAGAGAUUGGGAUGCGCCCAUCUUUCUUCCAACUGGGCAAUGCCGUGCCUGUUCCAAAACUUUUCAGGCAGCUAGAGCAGGAGAUGGAAACUGUGAUUAGGGUACUGCAACCUGGACCCUUGGGGAUCAUUGAGCACAAGUUCUCUGGUGAGGAAAUUCGUGAGGCAAAUGCAACUGUUCGAAGAGCAGUAGAGAAUUGGCGAAGGAAUGCAAGCUUAGAGCAGAUGAAUGGAGCCUUAAAAGAUUAUAUUCCCAAGUGAUGGAUCAUGCUACAAGACAUUAUCACCUUCAAAGGUUUGAUUUGGAGAAAUUGAAACUUUUGUGAAGUGUUUAAACUUCAAACUGUUUCUUGGUGCUUCAUGGAAGUGUUAGAACAAUAAAUUAAGUUGGAUUUUUAAGGAAAGUGGCUGUUGCACUUCUUUUUUGCUCUUAUUUAUUUUUUGUGCUUGUCUGAUGUUGGUGUUUGAGGAAUUCUUCUGUUUGUUUAUAGAAAUUAUGAUGACAAAAGAAGCCUCCCAAGUCUGGUAGUCUGAACGUUUCUGUAUUAUGGUAAUUUUUCUUGUGUGAGGAAUUUAGCUUGGAUGGAAUGUUAGGCAACCCGAUAGGCUAUUGGUGAUUUUCU